UGUGUCAGAUAGAAGACUUCUUUGUAGACUUCAUUUCAAUCAGAGCAGUUCACUUCUCAGUUGCAUUACAUUAUUUCCAAUAUGAUAAUUUGUAGCUUAUAUGAGCCAGCCAUGGUUCUUACUGUGCUUUUCCCAUGCAUCAUUUCCACAUACUCGGCAUCAGUCAAAGGUCACAAUACUGGUCCACGAAUAAACAAUGACAAAUUAUAUAAAUUUGCCUAUUCCACCCAAGUUCUUAUUGACAGAGUGAAAAGUUUACCCCAGGAGAGCGUGGGCUAUCGAAUUUCAUCUGGAGUGGAUGUCAACUUAGUGUGGAGAAACCCCAAUAACGAUGAUGAUCAGUUGAUCAAAAUUGCGAUUACAGAUGUAAUACUUGAAAAUGUAAAUGAACGUCCCAAAACAAAAGACAUUUUUCAGCAAAAAAACAAAGAUAAACUAUUUGAAGAAGAGCUUCUUGCUGCUUUAAAAAGGCCUGUAUUUCUGCACUGGAUUCGUGGAAAGAUUAAAAAUUUCUACUGCUAUGAAGAUGAACCUUCUAUUAUCAAAAAUCUCAAGAGAGGCCUGGCUAGUUUGUUUCAAAUACAGCUGAAUUCUGGUGAUGCCAGUGAGAUUGAUAUCUGUGGAAAAUGCAACGUAACUUACCAGGCUCGCCAGAAUCAGAUCACUAAAAUUAAAGCCCUGAACUCUUGCAAAUUAGAACGGCCAAGUGUAACCAGCCACAAUCAGCUCUUUGAGGUGAAGAAAAAAUCCACUUCAGCUAUAAUUUAUAUACUGGAGGACACCUUCAUUAAGUCUGUGCGGGCUGAAGAAAAUCAUAUUUUGAAUUUGAAAUCUCUGCAACUUAUUAAUGCAAAAGUAGUUUCAAAGCAGAAACUGGAACUGAAGUCAACUGAAGCUGGCCCAAGAAUGAAGGCUGGGAAGCAAGCUGCCAGCAUUAUCAAGGCUCUGGAUUCAAAUUAUGUUGCCAUUUCAUUAGUGGCAGAUCCUGUCUCCCACGAAUGCAAAAGCUGUCCCUCACUCUUUCAGCAGUGGAUAGCCAUCCAAAAGCAGCUUGAACCAGAGAAUCUUUCAAAAGCUGAUGCUGCAAAAGGAUUUUUGGCCUUUGUUCAGAACCUGAAGAAAGCAACAAAAGAAGAAAUCUUUCAGCUACUGAGAAAUGAAAAUAAUACAGAAAUACUUCCUCAGCUAGUUGAUGCUGUGGCUUCCACAUACACCUCAGCCUCUCUGGAAGCGAUGUUGGAUUUUCUGGAUUUCAAGAACAAGAGUGGAUCUCUCCUUCAGGAACGGUUUCUCUAUGCUUCUGGUUUUGCUUCUCAACCCAAUGAGUUAUUACUCAGAUCCUUAAUUAAUACAUACAGGAGCCCAAUUGGUAGCAGUGAAAUCAGAGAAAUGGUCGUUAUUAUCGCAGGAGCACUCAUCAGAAAGCUGUGCAACGUGGGAGGCUGCAAACUGCCCGCUGUUGUGGAAGCCAAGAAACUGAUAUUCCAAGGCUUGAACAGGGCAGAUAAAGCUGAUGAUGUGAAGAUGUUCCUUUUGGCACUGAAGAAUGCCCUUUUGCCAGAAGCUGUUCCUAUGCUGCUGAAAUACGCUGAGUCAGGAGAAGGACCUAUCAGCAACAUUGCUGUUACUGCUUUACAGAGAUAUGAUCAUUCAUCCAUCACCACCGAGGUGAAGAAAACCAUGAACAGGAUUUAUCACCAGAAUUAUAAGGUUCAUGAGAAGACUGUACGAACCACAGCUGCUGCUAUUAUCUUCAGCAGCAAUCCUUCCUUCAUGGAAGUUAAAAACCUCCUCCUUUCCAUUGGAGAGUUGCCACUGGAAAUGAAUAAGUACAUGCUUUCAAUAGUCCAGGACAUUCUACGUUUUGAAAUGCCUGCCAGCAAAAUGAUCCGUAAAGCUCUGAAGGACAUGUUGAUUCAUAAUUAUGACCGAUUUUCAAAAAUGGGUUCUUCUUCGGCUUUCUCUGGUUACCUAACACGUGGCCAAGAUAUAUCAUCUACAUACAGCCUUGAUAUACUGUACUCUGGUUCAGGCAUCUUAAGAAGAAGCAACAUGAAUAUCUUCCUUUUCAAUAAAUUUGCUCAACUUCAUGCCAGUCAGGUGGUAAUUGAAGCUCAAGGUCUGGAAUCCAUUAUAGCUGCAUCUGCAGAUGAAGGCGAAGAAAAUCUUGAAUCCUUUGCUGGCUUGUCAGCAAUCAUGCUUGAUGUUCAGCUCCGUCCAGUUACCUUUUUCCAAGGAUACGGUGAUUUAAUGUCUAAAAUGUUCUCAGCCACUGGAGACCCCAUAAAUGUAGUGAAAGGGCUCAUCCUUCUGAUGGAUUUCUCACAGGCUAUCCAGCUGCAGUCUGGGCUGAUUUGCAGCACUGAAUUCCAGGGAGGUAUGACUAUUGAUGUAUCAGGAGGAAUGGAGUUCAGCCUUUGGUAUAGAGAAUCCAAAACAAAAGUUAAAAAUCGGGGAGCUGGGGCUAUAGUUGGUAACAUUGCUGUGGAUGCUGUAUUUGUGAAGGCUGGCAUGGAAACCACUUCCGAAAUUGAAGCAACAUUGGAUUUCAUCUCCACAGUGAAAUUUUCACAAUACCCAUUUUUAGUCUGCAUGCAGAUGGACAAAACUGAAAGUCCAUUUAGGCAAUACCUAACGAAAUAUGAAAGUCUUCCUUCUGGAAAGCCAUAUGUCUCUCGGAAAGGAAAAGUGAACUUGCUGGCAGGUUCUGAAUAUCCCCUUCACCAAGAAAACUCCCACAUGUGCAGGGAAGUUUUCAGUGACCAAUCUGAUUCCUCUGAAAGUUGGUUUUGAAAUAGGCACCUGAUCUUGCAUUUGACCAGAAACCUAGCUGACUCCGGCUUUAAGUUCUGCUGCCUUCGUUUAGGGCCUAAAUCUAUAAUUUACAAGUCUGUGAGAACUUUGUUGUAUCAAACUUUAAGAGGCUCAGGACUGAGUCUUGUGCACUGUGUUUACAUAUUUACAUAUAUUUAAAAGAUUUGUUUUUGGUUUUGUUUGUAACAAGUCAGGAAUACAACUUGUUUCAAAUCCAGGUGUUCAUUGAGGACCUAUUAGUGAUAGGGCAUGGAGAAAUGUGCACCACAUUUCAUUAUAAAUACAUACAAAUUAAAAUGCAAAUUUUAGUGCAAUUUUUUUAAAAUAAAUUUUUCAAGUUUGAUAAAAUGGACUUGACAGAUUUGCAAAAAGAGAAACUGAAAAAACAUUAACAGAUUUUACAUUGAGAAAAAAACUGACAUUUGAGACAUUUGCCCAUCCCUAGUCAUAGCCCCAUUUCAUAUCAUUUUUAACAAAAGAAAAAAGCCGCAAUAAAUCCAGUCACAAAUUUCCUUUUCUCAUAUUUAUUUUGUGCUUAAGGAUUAAUACCAUUUGGUGUUAAAAGUUAAAACACAGAAAACAUGUAUUGUUUCUUAAACCAUACAAAGUCUAUGUUUAUUAUGGGAGUUUUUGAAAAUUAUUCAAUAAAGCAAACACUAUUUAAAAAUAUAUUUAGGUUGCCCUUCUCAGCCAUUUUAGACUCCUUGUUGAGAAAUCAUAACUUCAAUGGAACCAUUAAAAAAUGGCUACUGAUUAAAAAAAAUGUAGAAACGUUCCUUGCUAAGAUGGCUUAAAGAACUGUUACCACAGUCCAAGCAAGGUGUGUUCUUUUUGCAAGCCUUAAUAUCAGCGUGGAUAUAUGUUUCUAGAAAAAUCUCAUUCAUCUUAAUGCUUUUAGCAGAUGUUUCUUUAAUUGGAAUGAGUUUGAUAUCUGUUUGCCUGUUAAAGAAUAAUUAUUGUGCCUAAUUAUUCAUAAGUAAAGUUCAUUGUGUUCAGCGAGUCUUGCUCACUAGUAAGUGAAUUUAAGAUUGCAGCCUGAGAUUUAAGUUAACAAUUCAUGUGUUUAUAAUUUAUCUUUAUUUUAACUCUUAUGUACAUAUGUUAUUUGAAAAGAAGGUGGGAGAACAAAAAGUUGAACAUUCAUUUUGCUCCCUGUAAGUCAACACCUGACUCCAGUGUAAAUAAAGAUAGUUCAAGAUGGUGCUUUGUGAAGAUCUUAUAUGUUGAAAGUAAGAAUGUGAUAGUCAUUCAUCACAAAACUGGAACAGGAACCAGGAGAAGAUAAGAGAAUAUCAAGAACAGGAAAAAGAAAAAAAAAACUUUUCUCCUCCUCAGUUUAUUAUUGCUUUAUAGUAGUCUUUUCCAUAUGCUAGGUUGGAAAUUGAUGCCUUAUACCGUUGUAUGAUAUAAGGACUUGUAAUUUUCCUAUUUGACUAGGUAAUUUCCUCUCUCUAGUUUGGGAAGUACAAAAUAUAAUUAGCUUCAAAUUAAUCCAUAUGUAUAACUGAAAAAUUGUUGGGGCUUCCUUCCUCCACUCAUUUUCUAGUAAAAGUAUCUUAAGUGGAAUUGCCCUCAAAUUCCCAUUUCAAAACUGAUAGUGGAAUAAGUAGAAAAAGAGAGUCUGUGAAUCAAGGAGUACUUGGACAUUCAGGGAGUAUCUGCAGUAGGUUAGUCUAAAGAUGAUUAGAUCCCACUGAUAAAUGCAAUUUCCUCUCAUCAGUAUGCAACUAAUCCUCUAGACUGUAUGCAUUGUCUUAGUAUAGAUUUUCUGUUUUAAUAUUUUGGUUUUGUUGUAACUAAACUGUGAUCCAGUACUGUUACUGUUUCUCCCAAAGUCCUGAAUGGUUUUGGAACUUUGUAAUUGAGUUCAUGCAACAUGCUAAAUUCUAGAUCUGGAUUAAGAAAACAGAGUUCCUGUAUUCACAUAAUGUCUCUCCAAAAUAAAUUCUAUUACGGCUUAAUAUGAUGGUCCAGCUCACACAAC